AUGUAUGAACAGCAAAAUCAUGGGCCAAAGGCUCGGGAGGCGGCACUAAUGGACGAGGGGGCUACCAAUCAGGUUGGGCAGCCUGCUCCUGUUGACUCUUCCUCGGAGGAGGAUAAUCUCCAAUUUGAGAUAAGGAGCAGGAAGCAGCCAGCUAUCCCUCCCCGACAGAUUCUCCCAAGACAAGUUCGUCAGGUCGUUGCGGCUUUUGAAGCUAGUAUGACUAUCAAUGACGACAAGGAUAUGGCUCAGGAGGAUGAAGGGACUAUGAUAUCGAAGCUCAACGAAUACAGGUCUAAUUUCGAUAAUGAGGCUCGUAUUCUUGAUAAUGAGACUCUUAAGCGGGCGUUUGAUGAGCUGGAGGGUGGUAUUGGGACGAGUCCCACGCCCAAAAGCAAUUUGUGGAAGAACAAGACACUACUAAAACGGUGGAGGUAG